GCGCCUCCUUGUCGACACUCAGCCGCGCACGGCUCGUUCACGCGCAGCUGCAUGUUGUUGACAGGGAGCAGAUGGAGCCCGAGAAGAAGAGUUAGUUUGUGCCCGCAGCAGCAGCAGAAGAAGAAGACACGGAUCUUUAACAGAAGAGAGAAACAGAAGAAGAAGUUGGAGGACUUGUGUGUCAAACUUCUUUCUGUGUAAACUCUGCGCAUGCGCCGCGUGCAGCUGUUUGGGUCGCUCUCUCCGGGGGUAUAACGGACCGAUUGUGUCACCGGGCUCGGUGGUGACGUCACCGGCCGCUGAUCCGGAGCACCGUGGUUGGAGCGCGCUCCCGCCGAGCACAUGCACCUCCGUUAGUGACCAGCUACAGUCUCCGGGGGAAACAGCGUUACCAUGGGGACGUGAACAGACUCGGGGAGGACUCGGUUCAGUCUCUGUGUGUGUGUGUCUGUGUGUCUCUGUGUGUGUGUGUGUGUGUGUGUGCGUGCGUGUGUGUCUCUGUGUGUGUGUGUGUGUGUGUGUGUGAGGAUGAGCGGAGGUAAAAAGAGGAGUGGCUUCCAGAUCACCAGCGUGACUUCAGACUUCAACCAAUCAGCUGCGAGCGUGUCUCAGGGCAGCUCCUCCCAGCCCACCACGCCCUGUCUGAAGAGGAAGUAUGGCUCCCAUGAUGCCUCGGGGCAGGGGGUGGGGUCUGCCUCCAGGUUCCGUGUGGUGCGUCUGGCGGCGGGUGCGGCCAGCGGCCGCGGCGAGACGAGUCGCCGCGGCCGCUGGACCUGCACAGACUUCAUGGAGACGCAGGACGGGUUCAGACGCAUCAUGGACUCCAUGAGACACGCCCACUCGCUGGAGUCCCUGGAGCUGAUUGGCCGGGACGCAGACAGGGGCGGAGCCUACUCCCAGCCCUACCCCCUGGAGAUGACCAGAGGCGGAGUCCACUCCCAGGAGCCAAUCAGAGGCAGGCUUGUCCUACAGAGUGGGCCGCCCUCGCCGACCCACCCGGGGCCAAACGUCCGUAUCCUGGCAACGCCGGGGUUCGACUCUACCCCUCCCCCGCCCUCGCCACGGCCACGAAAUGUCCCUCCGCCUCUACGACUGGACGUGGACUCUGCAGGACGGUCUGUCCUCAGGCUGUCUCACUCUCAGCCCAGCUCCCCCCCCGCCGGGCCGUACCAUCCCACUCUGACCCCCGAUCACACUCCAGCUGCCUUCAGUCUGGACCAGACCUUCUUCAACCUGCCGGGGGACGACAGUUCCAGUAACAGUCUGAUUGCCAUCGACAACAAAAUUGAACAGGCCAUGGACCUGGUGAAGAGUCACCUGAUGCUGGCGGUCCGAGAGGAGGUGGAGCUUCUCAGAGAACAAAUCAGAGACCUGCAGGAGAAGAACCAGCAGCUGCAGAGAGAGAACCACAUCCUGAGAACUCUUACCCACAACACACACACUCUACACAAUCUACACAAUCUACACAAGCUACACAACACAUAACACACACACAACACACACCAUCUACACAAGCUACACAACA